AACCAAGCUGCUCGGUCUAUAUUGCAAGCUAGCAUUGCUUCGCCGCCUCCUUCCCCGCUCUAGCCACCUAUCCGCCGGAAGCCUUUGUGUUUCGACCUUAGACAAGUACACUGUUGAAUCUCGGCAUAUAUCAAAGUUGAAGUUUUACAAACUACUGCUCUGAUAGUACUUCGCAAAGUGGCCAUUAGGUCCCCUGCGAUGAGGAGGUGGUGGUGGACCUCAUCUCUUACGUAUCAAGGAUAGAGGUCGCAGCGAACGAAACGGCGAAAAAAAAAAACGUUGCGAGGCGUCGUCAUCUAGAGCUACAGUUUAGGUCGAUGGGCUACACCUUCCCGCAUCGGCCAAUGCUACCGGUGGGCUAUCCAAGCUCGUAAAUAUAUCACCCGAUCGUGUUAUUUCCGAGUUACACUUCAGCCUCGUCUUUCAGCCUCGUCUACUUGACCUCACCUUACGUUUAAUUUAUAGCUUGUCGUACCGCUAAAGAUUGAGACGCCUUUUACUUGGUUGGGUAUGGAUUCUCGCUUCCCUGUUUCCCCCGCAGAACUAUAUAGUGUCCAUAUGGACGUCAAGCAGAUGCAGUUGAUUCAGAACAAUCAUGCCGAAAGACUUUCUCGCCUGGAGAAGCGACAAGCUGACGAUGCCGCUAUCAAAUCCGUUUGGAAUUCACCAUUUCCUAGUGCUUUAAGCGGCACACCGCAACACGGGCCGAUCCAGAUGCCCACGAGUGAGAUGUUUGACGAUUUCGAGGAACAGGGCCAGAGUCUUCUGGGCAGUCUCCAUCUUGAUGCUGAAGAUGAACCCGCAAGAAGGGGUGCCGCUUCUAGGGCGAAUAGUGUUCGCUUUGAUGAGAGUGCUCUUCAGGGCUCAAGUUGGGCGCAGAAUGGUCGACAUUCAGGGGACUUUGGACCCAUUCGACCUAGCAGCGGCUUAGGCAAUCAUAACAUAAUGGAACGUUCGCUGUCUCAUAAGUCAGAUGGUAGACACAGUUCUGCUGGCCAUUCAGUACAUUCGGUCCAUUCUCACCACUCUGUUGCCUCUGGCCGUGGGAGUAGUCUAGGUUUGGACACGACUUAUACCCCGGGUGGCCAGGAUGACGACUCACCAACUGGUAUACCGGAGCCGCCACCAAGCUUGUUUGUGCUGGGUUCUGUGCCUUCUAUCAUUCGAUGCUGGCUCACUGCAAAUUUCGCGCAUGACACCUUGCUCUAUGCAGACAUCUGUACUGGGUCACAGAAGUCUGUCCUAGAAUACACUCUAAUCAAGGAAUUAGACCUCCUUGACGAUAUUCAUCGAGAUUUAGAUGGUGUCCACCGAAUUCGCUUGCCCGUGUAUCUGACCGAAGCAACGGUAUCUCAGCCAAGCUCUCGAGGAAUGAGUCCGGCUCCGCAGAUGCCGAGUCUUGCGUGUACGUUCGAAGUAGUUGGCCUGGAUCAAGUCGAAAAUACAGAAGCCAAGAAAGCUAUCCGUAUUUUCAUUGGUAGUGAAACACUGAGGGAGUAUUCGGCAGAUGUCAUGUUCUCGCAGAAUCGGAUGACCCUCUACAGCAGCGAGCGUGAGAAGCUGUCUGUGCCGUUCGUACGCCCCGAAGAUAAUAAUGUUUUCAAACACAUUCGUACGAUGGCCGUAUUUCCCGAAAAGCCAAAACUGAACGCCACUGCUCGUCCGUUUGUCUUGGGCGAAAGCAAGCAGCAGACGGCGGCACCUGCUCAGUCGAAUGGGAUGCGGGCGAAAGAGGAAGAUGACGAAGAAGCCCCGGAGCUGGCAUCACCUUCGUCUGAACUGACAAGUCAGCAAGCCACGGUUGGAGGACCAAGUACCGUAUCGGAAAGCGGCGGUGAAAGUGAGAGGCAGUACAAAGGCACCGGCACGUCGGAGUUCGGCACGAAAGAGCCCCAAAUCCAGUCAAGCGACGCUUCAAGCGACAAUACACGCCGAACAUCCUCAGCAGCGGGUAGCAUCUGGAACUCGUGGCGCCAUGGACCUGCCCUCAAUGGCAAUGAAUCAAAGGAGAGUGUUCUGCUGAGUGGGUACCAGCCUGCUGGACGUGGGAGUCGCAAUAUGAAGGUUCUGAAGCCGAUGAAGUCGACAACAUCGUCUUCAGCCCGAACAGGGGCAGCUUAUGAACCAACUCCGCCACCCCGAAGCAGUGGCGAGCCUCGACGCAAGAGCCAGGUGGGAGCUGAUAGUGUCAGUAGCAGUGGUAGCAGCAUCCGAUGGGAGGCGAAGAAAGUGCCGAUUGGAAGCGCAGAGACGAAGCCAGGGCCAGCUACUCGUGAGACUCGAAGCGUGUCGGGAACUCCUCGUACGUCGACCAAUCCGAUUGGCAGCGCAUCGGCUUUUGCGUGGAUGAACCCAUCGAGCAAACCGAGAACGCCAACUGCAGCAGCUGAGUGAAGAUUAGGUACCUAUAGUACUUAGUAGUACGGGCUAUAUGUAUGUUUGGUGAUGGUUUGCGGUGCUCACAUUGUCAUCCUCCUACUUCUCCUAUUAGGAUCGCAGUGACUCUACUUUUCGUAGGCACACAUGCUUAAGAAAUUCAAUAAAUAAGAAAAGUUGAAUCAAUAAUAAGCUUGG